AGACUCCAGUUGAUGAGCACACUAAUCAUCAGCAUCAGUGCAGAGAGAUUUGGCAUAAAAUUACCAAAGACUCAGAACUUUGCUAGGCCAAACCGGCAUGAGACCAAGAUCUCCCAGCUCAGGAAAGAGCUCAAAGCCCUGAAUCGCCAGUAUAAGAAGGCGGGUGAGGAGGAAAGACCAGCCCUGAGAGAACUCCGUGGCAUCCUGAGGCAGAGACUUAUAUCUCUGCGUCGGGCUGAGUGGCACAGGCGGAGAGGCAGAGAGAGGGCUCGUAAGCGAACAGCCUUUGUUGCAAAUCCAUUUGGAUUUACGAAGCGGCUUUUGGGGCAGACAAGGAGUGGGACCCUACAAUGCUCAGAGAAUGAGAUCAACCAGAGCCUUAGUGCCACAUACAGCGACAGCAGGAGAGAGGAGGAACUGCCUACCUGCAGAGAGCUACCCACACCUCCGAUACCAUCUGUCCAGUUUAACAUUAAGGAACCCACCCUGGCAGAGGUCAGGAACAUCGUACGAGCUGCACGUACUAGUGCAGCCCCAGGUCCAAGUGGAGUGCCCUACAAAGUCUACAAACAUUGCCCGAGACUCCUGGAGAGGCUCUGGAGACUUAUUAGGGUAGUAUGGAGGAGGGGGAAGGUGGCCCAGCAAUGGCGUCACUCAGAGGGUGUUUGGAUACCAAAGGAGGAGAAUGCGAGUGACAUCACACAGUUCCGCACCAUCUCCCUACUCAGUGUGGAAGGCAAAAUCUUCUUUAAGAUUCUUGCUAACAGGUUAUCUGAGUAUCUCCUGAGAAAUUCCUACAUUGACACCUCUGUGCAGAAGGGCGGAGUUCAAGGCAUGCCGGGCUGUCUGGAACAUACAGGAGUGAUCACCCAGCUGAUACGGGAGGCGAGAGAAAACCGAGGAGACCUUGCAGUCCUUUGGCUUGACUUGGCAAAUGCUUACGGAUCUAUUCCACACAAGCUUGUGUCAAAAGCUCUGACAACAUACCACGUUCCUGAGAAGAUCACUGAACUCAUACGGGACUACUACAGUGGUUUCAGUUUGAGAUUCACCACUGGAACAACAACAUCUGCAUGGCACCGCCUAGAGAAGGGCAUUAUCACUGGUUGCACCAUGUCAGUGGUGUUGUUUGCCCUAUCUAUGAACAUGCUGGUCAAGGCUGCAGAAGUGGAAUGUAGGGGCCCCUUGUCCAGAUCUGGCAUUCGCCAACCACCAAUUAGGGCCUACAUGGAUGACCUGACUGUCACAUCAACAUCAGUGACUGGAUGCCGGUGGCUCCUCCGUGGUCUGGAAAGGAUCAUGGCAUGGGCAAGGAUGAUAUUUAAGCCAGCCAAGUCCAGAUCCCUUGUCCUGAGGAAGGGGAAAGUGGAGGACAAAUACCGCUUCUGCGUGGAUGGAGUCCCAAUUCCGACAGUGUCAGAGAAGCCUGUGAAGAGCUUGGGGAAGAUCUUCGAUAGCACUCUGAAGGACAAAGCAGCAGUGGAGGCAGCCCAGCUAAAGCUAAAGGCAUUGCUAGCAGCAGUGGACAAGUCUGGUCUCCCGGGGAAGUUUAAGGCAUGGAUAUACCAGCACGGAAUCCUGCCAAGACUCCUGUGGCCGUUACUGAUUUAUGAAGUUCCAGUAACCAUGGUGGAGGGCUUUGAACGCAAUGUCAGCCAAUACCUACGCAGAUGGCUGGGUCUGCCAAAGAGUCUCAGCACCAUUGCCCUCUAUGGGCACUCCAACAAGCUGCAGCUUCCUUUGACUGGCGUGACGGAGGAGUUUAAAGUCACCAGAGCCAGGGAGGUGUUGCUUUACAGAGACUCUGCUGACACCAGAGUCUCUUCUGCCAGCAUCACAGUCAGAACUGGGAGGAAAUGGCGAGCACAACAGGCAGUCAACCAAGCAGAAGCAAGACUGAGACAUAGUGUCAUAGUUGGCUCUGUGGCGGUGGGACGAGCCGGUCUAGGUAGCCUUACAAAGCUGCGCUAUGACCAAGCCCGAGGACAAGUGCGUCGACAGAUGAUACAGGGAGAGAUUUGUGCAGAGGUGGAGGAGGAACGCCAAAGUAGGAUGGUGGCAAUGCGCCAGCAAGGAGCCUGGACCAAUUGGAACCAUGCUUGCGCCCGGAAGAUCACCUGGACAGAACUAUGGCAGUAUGAACCAGCAAGACUUAAGUUCCUGAUCCAGUCAGUGUAUGAUGUCCUUCCAAGUCCAUCUAACCUUUAUACCUGGGGCCUUGCAGAAGCACCAACAUGCCCACUGUGCCCGGCUCAUGGUUCCCUGGAGCACAUCCUGAGGUGCUGCCCUAAAGCACUGGGAGAGGGAAGGUACACGUGGCGCCAUAACCAGGUGUUGAAGGCAGUAGCAGACACCAUCUGCACUGGAAUCCUGGAGUCAAAGCACCAGUCCCCUUUGAGGCACAAUACCUUCUUUGUCAGGGCAGGGGAGAAACCUGAGAGAGCAGGUAGGGGCACAUCUGGACUGCUAGCCGUGGCUCGGGAUUGGCAGUUGCAUGUGGACAUUGGAAGGCAGCUAAAGUUCCCAGAGCACAUUGUAAGGACGUUACUGAGACCAGAUCUGGUCUUAACAUCUGACUCAACGAAGCAAGUUGUGUUACUGGAGCUUACAGUCCCCUGGGAAGACAGGAUGGAGGAGGCUCAUGAAAGGAAGAGGGCGAAGUAUCUUGAGCUGAUUGAGGCAUGCAGAUGCCGUGGAUGGAGGGCCCGCUGUGAGCCAAUAGAAGUGGGCUGCAGAGGCUUCCUAAGUCAGACUGUGCAUCGGGCAUUCAGGCUCCUUGGCAUCAGAGGGUUGCUUGAGAGAAGAGCCACCAGAAACAUCAGUGAGGCCGCUGAGAAAGCCUCAAGGUGGCUGUGGAUCAAGAGGGGAGACGCAUGGAGUAGCGCGCUGCUUGAACACAAACUGGGGCCUGAUCAACCCUGGUUGGGUCGCCCAGACGAGGGUGUCUGA